AUGUCUUUCUUCCGACUAUUCAAAAAACAAAAAUAUGCAUCACCCACUGCUGAAAUCUCAACCGAAGAUAAAGAUAAACGAGAAGCCCGACGUUUUAACUGGACCAAUGUUGCUCUCGGUGCUCUAAUUCCCCUCUCCAUCGGAAUUGGUACGGUCGUCAUAACUCUCAUGCAGCAGAAAGUCGAUAGUCAACGUCAAAAACAGGAACGCGAACUUGACGACCGACGAUACAACGCCGAACGGAAUGAAGAUGAUCGUCGUUACAAUUUGGAGCAAGAUCAAGCCGAUGAACUCUAUCGGCAAGGGCUGUACAAGUCGACUGUUGAAGAUAUCUCAGGUGCUCUCCUCAAGAGCAAUCACACAUUUCUUGAUGAUAAAACACGGCUAAAGAUUUCUCAACGUGCCGAUGUUGGACACUAUUCUACAUUUUUUAAGACUGAAGAAGCAGAACUGCACUAUUCAUCAGACAUUCAAUGUGAAGGUGGACAAGUGACAAUUACUGUGCACUUUACGGAUAUUGAGGAGAGAAAGAUAUCGCUCUCAGUCUUCAAUCGAACGAACUUUAAAGCGGGAAAAUGGAGUUCAUGGAACAAAUCAAUAAAAAUUCCGCCUUUAACAGAAAUGAUUGGCACAGAGAUUAGACGGCAUGGACUUGGAAGUUGCUAUAUGGACAACAUUAAACUAAGUAUUGGACGUCGACAAGUCUGA